UAAUUCCAAUGUGCAUUAGUGCUGCAAAGACAAUUACGAAAAUUUACUGUCGUUGUAGUCAUACCCAGUCAACAGGAAAAGCAUAGUUCGUAAUUUCAACGAUACCUGACAUGACCAAGAGCAUUCAAACUAUUCUAUCACCUCUGCUAAUAAUCACUUACGUGCUUGGUUUAAGAAUUGUCGAGUUUCCAGCAGGUCGUUCCAGACCAUGGCUCAGUCUUUUAUACAUACUGUUAUUGUGGUUAACUUACUAUUAUUUCCUAUAUUCCACUGCAACGUUUUAUAUGAAUCUUUAUUCUCUCAUACACCAUAUUUGCCAUUGGCUGAACAGUUCCAUAAUAUUUUUAUCAAUUAUAAAUGGAAUAUAUCACGACAAGAAAUUUAGGCAUUGUCUGAAGAAGCUUACCAUUAUAGACGUUACGUUAGAAAAAUUGGGAACAACAAUAAAUUAUCAACAACUGUAUACGAAAACAAUAUGGCUUGUUCUAGGAUGGAUUGUAACAGCCAUAUUAAUAAAUUGUGUGCAUGUGUUAUACGUAUACUAUCAGCAUAAUUUAGAUAUUCCAAGAAUUAUUUGCAUCUCCAUGUUGAUAAACUAUUGUUCUCAUAUUAAUGUUAUCGACGAUUUAACCAUUACAAACUCCUAA